CCCAUGAAAUAGUCGUGAAAUUGAAAACAAUCAAAUGUUUUCCAAAAUAUUCCAAUAACUUCAACCGAGAAACAAUUAUAAACUCUCAGCUAACUAUUAUCUAGCAUAGAUUUACAAGUUGUGCACGAAGCAGUAAAUGUCGUUCUGAUUUAGACCUUCAAAUCUCGUUUGAAUAAUUUUAGUAAACAAAAUGUAAACAAAAACAAUUCCAAGAACAUUCUAACAUCAAAUAAAUCUAGAUUCAAGCAGUAUUAGUAAAAUCUUUCUGUUUCCAAUUGUGCUAUCAACAUGAAGAAAGACAUUAAAGCAGACAAGCAGAGACCUUAUAAACUCUCACAUCAAAAAAUUUGCCUGACUGGAGUAAAUUUUGAGAAAAGAUCAGUGAUCGGCUACGUAGAUUUGACAAUCCAUCCCUUACGACCUGAUCUCAAACGAGUUAAAGUAAAUUUUAAACAAGGGUGUAUUUAUCGUAUCUGUAUCAAUGAUCAGUGGGAGGCAGCUUUCCUUUACAAUGAUCCAACUCAAGAAAUAUGUCAAGGCGAUGCCAAACAACGAAAUCUAGACUUCUUUCAAAACUGUCAUUUAUCAGCUAUGAAUGCAGUGGAUGCUGACAAUGUCAAUGGUGAAGUAACCAUCAAGAUGCCACCAGAAACAAUUCCACUUAUAGCUGAACUUCGACCUUUCAGAAUUUGCAUAGAAUAUUCAUUGGAGAAUCCGAAAGGUGGAAUUCAUUUUGUGGUUCCUGACAUCAAUGAUGAUAUGGCUGAUCGAGGUGCUCACAUGUUUUCAUACGGUCAUGAAAAUUCGUCAAGAUUGUGGUUUCCGUGCAUUGACACCUUCUGUGAACCGUGCACGUGGAAAAUUGAGAUAACUUGUCACCGAGACAUGACGGCCGUGUCUUGUGGAGAUUUGAUAGAAGUGGUUUAUUCCCCUUGUUUGAUGAAAAAGACAUUCCACUAUUACAUAUCUACCCCUGUCAGUGCUCCUAAUAUCGCCAUUGCUGUUGGUCCAUUUGAGAUUUUAGUAGAUCCUAACAUGCAUGAAGUGACUCACUUUUGUUUACCACAUUUAAGUGGUAUUUUAAAACACACUACAGGCUAUAUUCAUGAAGCUUUUGAAUUCUAUGAAGAACUGUUAUCCAGUCGUUAUCCAUACUCGUAUUAUAAACAAGUAUUUGUGGAUGAAAGCUAUGCCGAUGUGAGUGUCUAUGCCACCAUGACAAUAUUUAGUACCAAUUUACUUCACUCUUCAAGAAUUAUUGACCAGACUUUCCACACCAGGAAUUUCAUGGCCCAGGCUGUCGCUCAACAAUUCUUUGGUACCUUUAUUUCAAUGGAUGGUUGGUCUGAUGCAUGGCUUCCUAAAGGCAUAGCUGGAUAUCUAUCAACUUUGUUUAUCAAAAGAACUUUCGGCAAUAAUGAAUUCCGAUACGAAAUCAACAAGAUUUUGAAAGAAGUUGCUGAUUAUGAGAAUAAAGUUGGUGGAAUCGUUUUGGAUCCUACGAAAAAGGAAUCCAAUGUUCAUUAUUCCACUAAGAAUCCUCAUACCAUUUCUCCAAUGUAUGCCGAGAUGUUUUACAAAAAAGCUACCCUGGUAAUACGUAUCCUGGAACAUAGAAUUGGAACUGAAUUAAUCCUGCAAGCUUUGAAUAAAUUACUAUCUCUGGCCUACACUGCCUCUCAACAAAAAUUCUUAAACAACAAUUGGACAAAUAUGUUACUGUCUACUAAUUCCUUCUUAAAAAUCAUUUCUACUGUGACAGGGAAAGAUAUUUUACCUUUCCUUGAACAAUGGGUCUAUCAGAGUGGAUGUGCUAGGUUUUAUGGAAAUUUUGUGUUUAAUCGAAAGAGAAAUGUGGUGGAGUUGGAAAUUAAACAAGACAACAGUUCUAAAGGAGCUUUGAAAUACGUAGGUCCUCUAACAGUUACCAUACAGGAAUUAGAUGGAUCUUUCAACCACACUUUUAAAAUUGAAGAAAAUAAAACAAAGUUUGAGAUAACUUGUCAUUCUAAAAGCCGAAGGAAUAAAAAGAAAAAAAUUCCAUUGAUGACUGGAGAGGAGGUAGAUAUGGAUUUGAGUGCAAUGGAUGCUGAUUCGCCUGUCUUAUGGCUACGUUUAGAUCCAGAGUUGAACACGCUUCGUCAGUGUGCAUGGGAGCAACCAGAUUAUAUGUGGCAGUAUCAACUCCGCUAUGAACGAGACGUCGUGGCUCAGAAAGAAGCCAUUGAAGCUCUGUACAAGUUUGGGACACCUGCUACCCGAUUGGCAUUAACUGACACAAUAGAGAAUGACUCUUGUUACUAUAAGGUGCGAUGUGAUGCCUGUCUCUGCCUGUCAAGCGUUGCCAACUCAAUGGUCAGCAGUUGGGCGGGGCCACCAGCAAUGAUGACUAUAUUUAGAAAGACUUUUGGAUCUCAUUCAUGCCCUUCUAUAAUCAGACAAAAUAAUUUCAAUAACUUUCAACAUUAUUUCUUGUUAAAGACUAUGCCAAAAGCAAUGGCCCAGUUGAGGAAUAUUCACAGUAUUUGUCCUAUGGAGGUGAUGAGAUUUUUAAUUGAUUUGUUUAAGUAUAAUGAUAACAGUAAGAAUAAAUACUCUGAUAAUUAUUACAGAGCUGCUCUGAUUGAAGCUCUGUGUGAGACUGUAACUCCUGCUGUUACCACAGUAUCUCUCUCUGGACCUGGAUUAAGCACAGAUUACCUGAGCACUGAUAUGAGGUUAAUUCUAGAGGAGUGUACUCGAUGUUUAAAUUUAGAAAAGUUGCUGCCCUGUUAUAGACAUACAGUGACUGUGAGCUGUUUGAAACUAAUCAGAACAAUGCAGAAAUUUGGACACCUGCCAAAUGAUCCUGACCUUUUUCAAGCUUAUGCUAAUUAUGGUGUAUUUAUGGACGUACGCCUGGCAGCUCUGACAGCAUUAGUAGAUUAUGUUAAGUCUGAACAUAGCAAGUCUAUAUUAGAGUGGCUCCUUGACUUGGUGGAAACUGAUAAAGACACUGUCAUAAGACACAAAGUAUUGAUGUUACUGGUGGAUAAUCCUCCCUUUAAGAAAGGUGACAGCAAUUCUCUGAAUACAAUGGAGCUGGUAGACAGGCUCUGGAUAUUGAUGAACUCAACAUUGUGUUGUGAUAGUCGUUUACGUUGUGGUGUAGCUGAUUUUUAUUACAUUUUAUAUGGCAGAACGCGACCAUCUUGUGUACCUAUUCCUGAAAAUAUGAUGGUGCUGAAUUUGAAACAGAAAACAACUUUUUUGAAUCCUGCUAUUGUACCUGAAAAACUUCAAGAUGAUAUUUUUGAAGAAGAAUUAUCAACAGAAGAGAACAUAUAUCGCCAAUCUAGAAGAGAACCAGGAGAGAUCAUUGUCACUCCAAAACGGAAAAUUGAAAAUCCAGCUAAUCCUAAAUCCCAAUAUGAAUCUGCUUUCUUAUCUUUUGUGAAGUCUUCGACUGGAUUAGAAACAACAAAACCUGAAAGUGGUGCCACCCCAGCGAAACAAAUCAAAAUUGAUUCUGAAGGGAAGGUCACAGCAUUCGACCUGAUGGGGAAAGCUCCGGUAGAUCUCAUAAACCCAAAAAGAAGAAGAAAAAAAAUAAACACAAGCACAAACAUAAACAUAAACACGACAAAUCAAGAGACGAAGAGAAAAUGUCAAAAGAAAAAAGUGAAAUAA